ACACGAUACUCAUCCGUAGAUGAUUUUGCAAAUUCAGACAGUAGUAUUAUAACCGUAAUACACCGAUGUAUACACAAUAACUUUCUAUUUCUGAUUUCCGUACAAGGGCUAUUCUAACUACUUUGAACUGCAAAAAGAUUCAUCUCUACAACAACAUUCCAAACAGUCCGACACUGCCCCCCUUUUUGGUGGUUAGCGAGCCCAAAGGUCAAAGCUCAGGUCGCUUGAGUAUCACUACUUUUUCCAGUGCUGGACCAUAUAGCCAUGUGCUGGCGUGUUGCUAGCAGCAUUGCCAUUGUACAGUCUCAAAAGGUGACCAUAAAAGAGGAGAGCUAAGCACUCGGCUCCUGAAGAAAGAAUGAAGACAGAGGCCACUCACAAGGCGAUAGCAGCAGGUGGCAAGAUGACGGUGCUCCACUCUCCGGUUGGAGUGAGGAGCAUCGUCACCUCCAUGGUGGCUUUCUUCAUCUUAGCCAGCUCCAUCGUCUUCCUCCUUGACAGAGGCCAGGAAGAGCAAGUGCAAAUGGCAAUCGAGCAUGGACGCCAAGAAGUGCAGGUGAAGCUGGAAGCUGGGCUCCAAGAACCAGCGAUCAGAGGGACAACUGACGAGGGGGACGCCAGCAAUGAGGAGUGCAACUGGUCGAGGGGGCGGUGGGUGUACGACAACGUCUCCCGGCCAUUGUACAACGGGCUCAAGUGCACCUUCAUCUUCCCCGAGGUGGCCUGUGACAAGUAUGGAAGGAAGGAUGUCAUGUAUCAGCACUGGAGAUGGCAGCCUCACGGAUGCGACCUCCCAAGAUUUGAUGCCAUCAAGCUGCUUGAAAAGCUGAGGAAUAAGAGAUUGGUGUUUGUGGGUGACUCAGUCAACAGGAAUCAAUGGGUCUCUCUUGUGUGCAUGGUGGAGGCCUCAAUACCCGAUGACAGGCUCAAGACACGCAUCUUCAAUGGCUCACUCAUCUCCUUUAAGGCAUUGGAAUACAAUGCAACAAUAGAUUUCUACUGGUCACCACUACUGGUGGAGUCUAACAGCGACAACCCCAUUAUCCACCGGGUGGAGUACCGGAUCAUAAGGGCAGAUAGAAUUGAGAAGCAUGCCAGUGUCUGGAGGGACGCUGACAUCAUUGUCUUCAAUUCUUACCUGUGGUGGAGGAAGCAGAAGGAUGACAUGAGGAUGAAGGUCAUGUAUGGUUCAUUUGAAGAUGGUGAUGCAAAGUUAGACGAAAUGGAAAUGGUUGAUGGUUUCGAGAUAGCUCUCAAGAAACUAACCGAAUGGCUUGGGGAAAAUAUUGACAAGAACAAGACUAGGAUCUUUUUUGCAGGAUCAUCACCAGCACAUUCCUGGGCUAGCGACUGGGGCGGAGAAGACAAGAACAAAUGCCUGAAUGAAACAGAGCCGAUCUACAAAACCGGAUACAAAGCUGCAACUACGGACUACAGCUUGAUGGCCACGGCCAAGUCCUAUUUCCGAACACUGGAGCCGAAAGGCAUACAUGUUCAGAUACUGAACAUCACAGAGCUGUCCGACUACCGGAAGGACGGGCAUCCGACCGUGUUCAGGAAACAGUUUGCUCCUCUAACGAAAGAGCAAAUCGCGGACCCAGCCAGCUAUGCGGAUUGCACGCAUUGGUGCCUCCCUGGAGUUCCUGAUGUCUGGAACGAGUUUUUAUAUGGCUACCUCGUGCACCAAAUGAUGAGUAAAUUGUAAAAUGUCAGGUUUGUUUUACCCCUUAUAUAUAAUAAUAAUAAUAAUAAUGUACAGAUGGCAUACUCCAUUUAGAUUAGGAUGCUCUUGCGCAGAGAAUGGUUGGACCUAUUACAUUUACAUGUACAUGUACAGACAGAGAAAAGCAAGGAUCUGUCUGCGCAUCACCUAAUGGGAUCACUGGUGUACUAUUUCUUUAUACACAUAUAACCGAGCAACAUGGUUUUGUAAGAAA